CUUUUCCUCCCAAAGACAGAGGAAGGCUAACCUGUUGAGUGUGUCUCUGUUGAAAGCUGGGUGUUGGCGCUCAACUGUCUGUGCUCUGACUCACACUUCCCUUUUUUAUUGCUCCCUAUUCCACGUUUUCCUCGCAGUUUACAAAGACUCAAGAAAGGGUGACUGACCUCAGACUAAAAAUGUCAAAGAUCUGCGCUUUGGUGUUUGUGACACUCGUGUCCCUGGUGUCAGCAGAACAAGAGAAUGCUGAAGAAGACCCUUUUACAUUUGACUACCACAGGCUGCGGGUCGGGGGCCUGAUUCUUGCUGCAGUCCUCUGUCUCAUUGGAAUCACCAUCCUGUUCAGUGGACACUGCAGAUGCAAGUUCAACCAGAACAAAAGGAGGAGGACAGCAAGCAAUACUCAGCAGAUGCUGACUGACCAAGGACGUUCGUGCGACUGCUAGAGGUCGACUGGGACACACACACACUAAUUUCCCGAAAAUCUGCCUGAAAACCACCAAAUUCCAGAGAAGCAGCAGCGGGAUUUGAGAUCUACAAUUACAGCUUCAGUUUUGUUACUUUUUUUAUUUAGAUAAAUCAACAUUUAUGUAUUUAGGUUCUGUGAGGGUUUGAUGCUUUCUGCCUGAUUAUUGAACUACUGGCCUGCAGCAACACACACAAACGCUGUACCCAAAAUUUCUCACACUUGUGUCCAAGUCGCUUCAACUAUAACGCAGAUCUUUUACCAAAAAACAUGAGUGUCGUCAUACUGUAGUUUGUAUUAGUGUAUUGCACUACUCCUGCUGUCUGUACUGUAUGUGUAAGGUAAACAAUGAUGUAGAUAUUAGUCUGUCAACGAGACCAGUCUAACCUUUUGUCACAGAUAUAGAUAUAAAUAUACACACUAUCCAUGUGGCCAUGAUUGAUUGUAGUGCUGCUGAUAAUCCAGGAUCAUGAAGCGUGUAGAAGAUUGCACUGUUCUGAGAUACAGAGUCUUUGGUGUUUCUAUAAAAGAUCUGUCAAAACUGCUGAGAGUGAUGGAGUGUUUAUGUUUAGCAGUUUCCACUUAUAAAGAUUUUAUACACACAUUCAUCCAUGUGGGCAUUUUAGGGUGUUUAACUGACCUUAAUCCCCAAUGUUGGACUGUUGGAGGGAACACUUGGAGAAAACCCAGGCAGCUAUGGGAGAACAACAGGCAUUGAAGCAGCAAACUGGUGAUCCACUUCCUGUAAAGAAAAGAGCACCAAACACUUAUUUUACUAUGUGUUCCCACCUCACCAAUGAACAACAUUUAUGAAGAUGUAAAGACAAUAGCCUCAUUGAUUUUCAAAAUAAGUGCCCACUAACAGUGUUGGCUGCUGCACGUUGUCAUGGUUUAUCAUCUGUUUUCCUCUAAAUUAAAUUGUAUUUUACAUUUCUUACAUGUUCUGUCAAAGAACACGAUUAAAAGUGAUCAAAACCAUAA